AUGAUCUUAAGUGGCAAGGCUGUGGAAAUUUCAUUCUACAAUGCUGAUGCUGACACUAGGGUUCUUUCUUGUGUUAUAUACAGGAGCACUCUUGCGAACAAGCCUGGCAGUAUCCAGGGCUCCAUAACUUAUCAUAACAAGAAUGAAUUGGUAGAGGAUAAAGAAAAUGUAUAUCCCCAGCCUGUUCAACAAAGAGUACUUCGGAGCAAUACCAAUGCCAGCAAAAGAAAGUCGGGUGAUGAUGAUUGCCCACUUCCAGCUAAGAAUCAGCUCCAGAUUUUAGUUCAGUUGCCGAUCAACAUUUUCAAUCAAUUGACACCUCGUACUGCCAUUACCUCACCACAAUCAUCACCUCCUAAUGAUGACAUACCAUCAAGAGUACCUCCUUCGAACCCUCUGCCAUCGCCACAAUUUUCUUUUGAUACAAGUUCAAGUGAUGAGGACCUUAUUCCAUCAAAACUUCCCUCAAUUCCUUAUCAAGGAUCUUUUGAUGAAUCUAAUACAGAUAGGCAAAAGGGAGAGGAGAGCGACAGAGAGAAGGACAAUGAGCAGGCUGCGCAAGAGGGUGACUCAAGACAUGGUGACCAUUCUUCACCAAGACUUUCUUCUUUGCAUUCACCUCCACCCUCACCUCCACCUCCAGGAUCUUCUGUUGAAUCUGAUGAGGGUGAGGAGAGUGAGAGAGAGGAGGAGGAUAAUGAGCAGACUGUGCAAGAGGGUGACGCAAGACGUGAUGACCAUUCUCCACGAAGACUUCCUUCCUUUCCUUCACCGCCACCUUCACCUCCACCUCCAGGAUCUUCUGAUGAAUCUAAUAAAGAUAGGGAAACAGGAGAGGAGAGUGAGAGCGAGGAGGAGGAGGAGGAUGGUGAGCGGGAUGAGCAUGAGGAUGACACAAGAGGUGAUGACCAUACUUCACCACGACUUUCUCCAGCUUCUCUUUUUAUAGUGUUAAUAAUUUAUUAUUUUUCAGGUGAAGGUGGGAGAGAGGAGAGUGAGAGAGAGGAGGCAGAUGAUGAGCAAGAUGAUCAAGAGGAUGAAGCAAGGCCUAAAAAGAGGGUGAAGAGGCAGCCUUUACGGCAAAAUACUUCUCAAAUAAGACUCUCUCGAAAAAUUGCACGGAACAAGGGCCAGGAGUACACCACAGCCACAGGCAAAACAGUCAGAGAAAAAGUGGCAGAGCGUCUGGUGGACUGCAGAAACAACUGUGCUGAGAAAAUUCCAAUUGAAGUUGCUGAGGACCUGUGUGAUAGUGUGUGGAAAAACCUAGGGGACGCCACUGCUCGCCGAAGGUACAUUGCUGGGCAAAUAAACAGGGUACCUAAAAAGUCCCAAAGAAUUAAUCUUGCAGCAUCAUCUAGAAAAAAAAGAGAAUUUUCCUAUGAGUAUUUUGCCUGCCUCAAUGGCAGUAACAUUAAGGUCUGUAAAGGUUGCUUCAUGAAAAUUUAUCAAAUCUCUAAAAAAGCUAUUGAAAUUAUUCACAAAUUAAAAAUUGCAAAUACUGCAGGCUUGCCUAAAAAAGAUGAAAGGGGAUCUACCAGUAAUGGUUUGGAAGAAAAUAGAUUACAGGAGGUUAUUGAUCAUAUUAAUUCAUUCCCCAAGUACCAAUCCCACUACUGUAGACAGAGAACAGAGAGUAAGUUUUUGGCCAGCAAUCUUACUGAAAAAACAAUGUAUGAAGAGUAUUGUAAGAUGGUAGAAAAAAAAGAAGUGGAUUUGCAACCAGUGUCUCGAUGGGUGUACUCUAGAGAAGUACAUAAACUUGGGUUGAAGUUCAAGGCAUUGCAUGCUGAUACAUGUCACCGUUGUGAUACGCUUGAAGCUGCUGUUAAGUAUUCUAAAACUGACGAAGAAAGAGAAGAAAACAAACAACAGCAGACACUGCACCACCUUAAAGCAGAAGCAGCUAUAGAGCAAAAGAAAGCUGAUAAAGCAAAGGCCAAAGAAAAUGUAACUGUUGAGACUAUCACAUUUGACCUUCAGCAAUGCUUGCCAACACCAAGCUUGUCAACUUCAAUAAUAUUUUAUCUCCGGCAGCUUUGGGUCUACAAUCUUACAAUACACAUCAUGUCAACAGGCCACAGCAUCCACAAUAUGUGGCAUGAAGCUGAAGGUGGAAGAGGUGCCAACCAGGUGGGUUCGGCCCUUUUUAAGUACAUCCUCUCUCUCCCUGAUGAAGUUGAACAUCUCAUUAUGUGGUCAGACACCUGUGGGGGGCAAAAUAAGAACUCAAUAAUAAAUUCAGCGUUGGUCACUGCUUUAAGUAGGAAGAAAACCUUAAAAGUGAUAGACCAGAAGUUUCUUGUCCCAGGACACACACAUCUGGAAUGUGAUGGUGAUCAUGCUGUCAUCGAGAACAAAAAGAGGCAAGCCCCUGAGAUCCAUGUGCCCAGGGAUUGGUACAAUCUUGUCAGGAAUGCCAGUAAGAAGUUCUCGGUUCAGCUAUUAAAAGAGCACCAGCUAGAUUUCAAAGCUUUGCAUACUGGCAAAACUAGUCCUCUUGUGAAAAGGAAAGUCACUACCACAAAGAUCAAAUUUGUGUGGAAAGAUGUUGUUUGGAUCAGGCACAGAAGAAACCUUGACCCUGGUGUUGUCGCCUUCAAGAAAACUCUAAAUGAAGAUGAUGACUUUGAGUAUUUAAACCUGAGGAGGAGGAAGAAAGGAGAGUUUGUGUUAGCACCAAAGAAAGCCUACAGUGGACCUAAGCCAAUUGGCUCUAAGAAGAAAAAAGACCUGUUAUCUAUGCUUCACCUCCUGGACCCAGAUUGCCACUCAUUCUACCAUUCACUUCCUUCUGAUGAUGCUGUGCCUGAGGAUCGGGAUCCUGACCUCCUUCCUUCCUCGGAUGAAGAAGACAGUGAAGAGGAAUAGGGUAGUUUUGCAGUUUUUAGUGUCAUGGGAAAAAGAAGUGCA